AUGCCAAAUUUCGCAGCCAACCUUACUAUGAUGUUCAACGAGGUCGAUUUCCUCGACCGCUUCGCCGCCGCCGCAAACUCCGGCUUUAAGGGAGUUGAGUACCUGUUCCCUUACGACUACGAACCUGCCCAACUCGCUGAGAAACUGGAGCAACACGGCCUCGCGCAAGUUCUUCACAACCUGCCGGCUGGCGACUGGGCGGCCGGCGAGCGCGGCAUUGCCUGCCAUCCGGACCGAGUUGGCGAGUUCCAGGAGGGCGUGGGCAAAGCUAUCGAGUACGCCACCGCGCUGAACUGCCCGCAGGUCAACUGCCUGUCAGGCCUAGCCCAAGAUGGCGUGUCAGACGAAGACAGGGACGCCACGAUCAUCAGCAACCUAAAGUUUGCCGCCGAGCACCUCGGAGCGGCGGGCAUCCGGCUACUCAUCGAGCCUAUCAACACAAUCGACAUUCCCGGGUUCGUGCUCAACUAUCCGGAGCAGGCGCGCGACCUCAUCGAGCGCGUGGGUUCCGAUAACCUAUUCUUGCAGCACGACCUUUAUCACAUGCAGAUUAUGCAAGGCGAUCUUGCCCGCAACAUCGAACGCAACCAGGAUAUCAUCCGACAUAUCCAGAUAGCCGACAAUCCGGGUCGCCAUGAGCCGGGCACGGGGGAGAUUAACUACUCCUACCUGUUCAAGUACCUCGACGACAUUGGCUACGACGGCUGGAUCGGCUGCGAGUAUGUUCCGGCCUCCACGACGGAUGCAGGACUAAGCUGGAUCAAACCACAUCUGUAA